AGCUUCGAUUUUACGAUAUCAGGAGACGCAGAUCACCUUCGGAGACUUCGCUGCUCCGAUCCGACAGGCUAUAACGACGAGGUCUGGCUACGACGGUCGCCUACAUGCCUCAUCUCUUACCCAGCGACAACCAUGAGCAUACCUCCACAUGCCCGCCUCGCCGCAGAAAUUCCUCUCAUAUCUUCCUGUUCAGAGCUCGUCAUGAUAGAAUUUUCUUCGUCUAGGAUCCAGACUUUUCGCGAGGUUUUAUUCAAAGAUGAACGGCUCAUCAUUGAAGAAGAGGGAUCCUCCGCAUUCGAAAAGUGGUAUCGCCAUGCAGCGAGUGUGCACCAGCGGCGGACCGUCGCGUGGAAGAAGGGAAGGCCAUUUCAUCCUCAGAACCUCUUUUUCCGCACUGUCGAUACGGGUCGCCUCCUCCCCAUGUCCCUGGCGAGUUUCCGUGUUCAGAUGUACGCGACGAAGGAUCGGUGGGACACUUUGGAACAGCAAGGGGUGAAGGAGAGGUGGUCCACCUACGCAGUGCUUGAGCUGAUGCAUCGUAUAUUAAUCUUCCGUAACAUACACGACUAUGGAGGAGAUAUUCCUAUCAUAUGCAUCAAAUGGGAAAAAGAGUUCGUGGAUCUUGCGAUGGACUACUGGAUAGAGCUGAGUGCGAACAAGUGGACGAAGGAAGAACGAGAAGCGAAAUUUUGCAAAAUCGCUCGGGACUCACACGGGUUAAGCCCAAGCUUCUAUGAGCUCGACCUGUGUGUCCGUGCGCUCCUUCUCGAUGAGGCGGUCGGAUAUGUACCUCCGUUCAUCGUUAUUGUAGAAAUGGGGUAUGAUAUCAUGGCUCGUACACUCUUCACCUGCCCGUCCCACGUUCCAUCGCCCUCUCUACUCGAGUCCUUGCCCAAUGUAUGCGGUAGCCGGAGAUGCACCGACUCCGACUGCACCGGGUUAUGGCGCACCGAGCGUCCCCGGAGCCUCCAUCAUCCCAGUCCCAUGGUCCGAAAGCCGCAGCGCUAUGACGAUCGCGUCGUGUGCAACCUUUGGGGAUGCGAAGUCCAGAUGCAGAAAGAUGUGAUAACUGGCCGGAUGACGCUGAAGAGGUGCCAGAAGUGUAAGGAGGUCCUAUAUUGCAGUCGGGAGCACCAGUUCUUGGAUUGGAACGUCCACAAACGUGUUUGCGAGCCAGCUCAAGCUUGAGGAUCACUCUAUACUCAGUAGAUAUUUUAGGUAACCCAGAACAAUCAGAAAUCGGCGUGAGCGAAGUGGCCUGACCCCAGUCUCUGAGAAUAGUGGAAUUACCAUCGAUCUUUUCCCAAGGUACAAGACGCUUGGCCAAAAUCGCUCAAGUACUAUAGUUGUCAAUUCUCAUCGAAGCGGUGAAUUCAAAUUUCUCGAGUUCGCAGGAUGACAUGAGGGGCGUUUGCGCGGCGUAGCGGACGUUUCUGGGAGCGCUCAUCGUGGUUGGAGGGAAAGAGGGGAUUUCAGUUAAUUGUCACAG